AUGGAGCCGGCCGAUUUGCUGCAGAAGGCCAAGCUGGCCGAGCAGGCUGAGCGCUACGAGGACAUGGCAGACUUCAUGAAGGCGGUGGUGGAAUAUGGGGACGAGCUGUCCAACGAGGAACGCAACCUUCUCUCCGUCGCCUACAAGAACGUGGUGGGGUCCCAGCGCUCGGCGUGGAGGGUGAUCUCCAGCAUCGAGCACAAAACCGAAGAGGGGGACGACAAAGCGCAGCUGGUGAACGAGUAUCGGGAGAAGGUGGAGAAGGAGCUGAACAGCGUCUGCAAGAACGUCCUGGCCUUGCUGGACAAGUAUCUCAUCAAGAGGUCGACCGACCCUGAGAGCAAGGUCUUCUACCUGAAGAUGAAGGGCGAUUACUUCCGAUACCUGGCCGAGGUGGCCACCGGGGACGACCGCAAGAAGACGAUAGACAGCGCCCAGGAAGCCUACCAAGAGGCCAUGGACAUCAGCAAAAAGGAGAUGCAGCCCACGAACCCCAUCCGCCUGGGGCUGGCCCUCAACUUCUCCGUCUUCCACUACGAGAUCGCCAACGCCCCCGACCAGGCCAUCUCCCUGGCCAAGACCACCUUCGACGAGGCCAUGGGGGACCUGCACACGCUCAGCGAAGACUCCUACAAGGACAGCACCCUCAUCAUGCAGCUGCUCAGGGACAACCUCACGCUAUGGACAGCCGAGUGCGCCGGGGAAGACGGCGGCGAGGCUGGCGAAGAGCCCAAGAACUGAACG